AUGCAAACAAAGAACAUCAAUCUGAGCCGCGAUCAAAGUAACGAUAACUGCGAACUGCAGAAAUCAUGCCGCCAAGAUCACCAGGGGCUUCCGAGCGAUGUGUCAGUGACCCACCAGUGCAUCCUGAACCAAGUCACGAGGUCCACCAUCGGUUCCACGUAUCACGUCAUCAACAUGUUCAACACAAAAAGGCGAACGCCGAAAACGUCAGUGUUAGCGCCCCGAGCGGCCGCGCACACGACGCGCGUGAUCAGAAACACAAGCGGCGAUCGAAAUCUAGCCUUCAGUAGAAACCGACGU